AUGGGAAGAGAGUACAAGUUCACUGGAAUCGCGGCAAAGCUGAACCCACUGAAUUGUCGACUGAAGUUGGAGAUUGCGGAGGACCUCGAUGAGAGAGUACCAACAACUUCUACCUCUUGCUCCGUCGCAUCCGUCGCCGCAGCUACCGCUACCAUCAACACAACGGCACCGACGGUACUGACGAAAUCUGAACUACAGAAAACACUUCAGAAAACGUCGUCAAGUUUUAGCAGCAGUUUAGCCACCACAACGACGACGAGCAGUCACUUAAAUGCGCCAGUAGAGUCGAUGGAGGGACACUCCUCCCUCGCCUCGUAUUCACAUCAUCAUCCGUCGUCGUCGCAUCAUCAUCAUCCUGGACAGCAGCAGAGCUCGUCAAGUUCCAGCUCAUCACAUCUUCAGGAUUUUCAAAGUCCUCCGUCUGCCAGUCAUCCAUACUACCAUCAGCAGCAGCCUCAGCAUCAGCAUCAGCAGGCUCAGCAAUAUGGUCAAGCAACGGGCAGCACGAAUGGAGGAGGACAGCAACAGAUGACAUCAAUGUAUGGAGGAAAUGAUUAUGAUCAGCACCAGCUGCACCAUCAGAACCAGCAGCAUCAAGCAUCCACGUCGACUCAGCAGUUUCAUCAUCCACAAAGACCGCCACCACCUCAGUACGAUCAGCCAUCAUCUUCAACAGGAUCCUCACUGCCACCUCUUCAUACUGUACGAUAUGAACAGUUACCACCACCACCAUCGAAUCAGAGGACCCCAACUCAGCAGCUACAGUACCCUGUGAAGGUGGUCGAGGCAGGCGGUCAGGCGUAUGCUCAGCAGGUUCAGCAGGCUCAGCAGUCGAAUCGGAGUGGAGCCGCCGGUGUUAACAGUGCUCUACAACCGAAACCCCUACCACCAUUGUCAUCUAUAACAUCAAUAUCAUCGUCAGCAGCAGGAUCCUCAAUAUCUGCUCCUUCAACGUCUCAACCUAGUACCACCUCAUCACUAAUCACAUCACCACCGUCCACGUCUUCAUCUUCAAUGGCGCCUCGAAAAACGCCUCCCAACGCCUCCUCGUCGUCUCUGAUAAAACGACAAUCUCAGGAUGUUCAGGAGCAGCAGCGAGUGGAUUUUGAAGUGGCUCGGAACGUGUCGCAAAUCAUGUCGAAAAACGGGCUGAAAGUGAUGCACGAGCCGCUGCUCACCGGAUCUCUUCCUCAGUUGGCUCCGUUGGCUCCACUGCCACCGCCAAAGUCUGGAGUCUAUCAGUGCCCGAAUUGCAAUCGGAAUCUGGCCAAUGCUCGGAAUUUGCAAAGGCAUCGGCAAACUUGUGGAUCGGCUCAGCACGCGGCUCCACAGCUCGCCGCGAUGCUCCAACGGAGCCCCCCGCCGUGUGCAUCGGCUCCUCCGGUCGCUCCUCCGACGGCACCGUCGACAAGCUUCCAGCAUCACAAUUCGACUGGGAAUCUCACGCUUUCCUACAGCUCCAGUAGCAGUAGACAUCAGAGCUCACUCUACUCACCACAGCUGGAGCAUCAGGAUCUAGUUGGAAAUCCGAAUGUGAUGCUCUCCGACGGCUACGAGUACAAGGACGAUCCGAUGCUCUACCAGGGACCUUCAGGCCUUUCGGAUAGCAUUUGGUCUCGAGACGAUAGUUUUCAUUCGGAGCCCCCGUCGGCGUCUCACGAUCAGCUCGAUAUGGAUCAUCUUGGAUUCCCCGACCCCCUCCAGGAUCCUCUUCACCACCUCGACUCGUUUGAUUCGGCGGACCAUCGGAAGGAAACACCGCGGGAGUGUCAUGAGCCCGAUGAGCUGAUGACGUUAGAUCCGACGCCGCCACAGUGUGGAUCGGAACGAUUCUAUGGGAUUAAUAUUGACGAUAUGCCGUUGUCACUGGAUUGUGAUGAGCCGCUGAUGAGAUCGGAGUCGGCGUCGUUGUCGUCGAGUUCUCAGGGGAGGAAUACGCCGGCUGCUGUUUUUACGUGUGAAGCAUGCAAAAAAUCGGUAUCAUCCGAACGAUCGCUUCGUCGUCACUACAACACUUGCAAGAUGUUUCAGACGGAAUUGGCAGCUUCUGGUGAAGAACGGCCACCGACGACGAAACGGAAGCCAGCUACGAAGCGUCCAUCGAAAAAGAAAGAAGCAUCGGAGGGUCCUGAGAAGAAUAGUGCGAUUUUGGCGGCUUUGAGAAAAGAGCCAGCAGCUCCACAGCAGCCUCAGCAGCUCCAAUUCCAGCAGAAUUACCAGCCGAGCCCUCAAUUCCAGGCGCCGUACGGCGGUGGAUCUCUCCCGUCGAUCAGUGCUUCGUGGCUUCACUCGGCUUCAACUUCGGCGGCGGCGGCGGCACCGGAAAGAUCAGAAAUGUUCACAUCGCCGAUUGUCACGUCGGCACCGAAUCCGUAUAUUCACCAGCUGCCACAUCAGCAGCCCCAGCAGCAGAAGAGCAGCCCGCUGGAAGACUUGUUGAACGAGCAAGAUGAAUCUGCGGAUGAUGAUGGUGAUAGUCGCAGUAGCAGUGGAACUGUCUCGAAUAGCACAACAACGACAACAACAGCGACCACCACCUCCUCAAAAUCCACCGGAAAUCCGCUCUUCACUUGUGAGCACUGUGCUCGUCAGCUGUGCUCUAUGAGCAAUCUGAAGCGUCAUCGUGCCACAUGCAAGGUCGCUGCCUCGUCCUCGUCGAAUUCCGCCGCUUCACGUCCACCAUCGCAGCCAUCUACGCCGGCUACAGCGCCAGCGACUCCGAUGCUUCAGGCGUCACAGGCUCCCCAGCCUCUCCAAGCUCCACCACAAUCACCAAUGGAGACCACCGCGACAGUCACCUACACCAAAACUACUGUGCCACCAAGCGUUGCUAAUACCUGGAACACUGAAAAGGCUCAGCUGAUCUCCCCGAAGCCUAGAAGCCAGACGAUCUUUUCCGAAGCUUCUUCUUCGAUGACCGUCGGCGACGCUCUCCGGGCUCAGCAGCACCAGCAGAAAAUGGAUCAACAAAUUCAGAUUCAGUUCCAGCAGCAGCAGCAACAGAGAUUCCAACAUCAUCAGCAGCAGCAACAAGCGGGUCGGAUCCCACCACGGCCACCCAAUCCGAUUUUGAAUCAAGUUCAGAACCCGCCUCAGCAAGUGCAACACAAUCAGCAUCAGAAUCAGAUGCUGAAUCCGAUUCGGCAGCCGCUGCUUCAAAGUCCGCCACCACCACCACCAAAGAAAGGACUUAUCGAGCAUAAGAACACUGAUCUUGUGCUGAUUACGUCGGAGCCGCUGGCCGAGAGAAUGGAUGCUAAGCGAAGAUCUUCAGAAGGCCUGGUGGCUGUCACAUCGACACCGCUUCCGCCGAUACAACUGCCUCAGAGAUCUCAGGCGCCAGCACCGUCAAGGCAGCAGCAGCAACAGCCCCCGGUCGCCUACCAAGUGCAGUUCAAUGGUCGACCACUUCCGCCGAUGCAGCUCCCGCCGCUUCAGAAUCCACACAAUCAACAGCAGCAACAUCAGAUGCUUCAUCAGUCACAGAUGAACUAUCAGCAGGUUCAGCAGGUUCAGCAGGUUCAGCAUGUUCAGCAGCAGCAGAAUCUUCAAAACCAGCACCACCACCAGCAGCAACAUCAUCAGCAGAAUCAGCAGCAAGCCCCUGGAAAUCGAAGCAGAUCGCACAGCAAUGUCGGCAAGAUGGAGCAAGAAGCUCAGCGACAAGGUUCCCCGCUCGACUCGAUCAUCACGUCCGUGCCUCUAUCCAUCGAAGUUCACCAUCACAUCAUGAAGCCAGGACCGCUGGAGCAAGGCCAAAGCAGUGUUGACUCUCAGUCCACUGCUGAGCCAAGUCCGCGGAAGGCUAGCCAGCAGGCCUACAUUUGUCCGGAAUGCAAAAAGACGUAUGCGAGCCGGAAGAAUGUGAAGCGCCACCGGAUGGCUGUUCACAAGCUGACACUUGAUGAGAUCCUCGCGAAUCCGGAACAACCAGCGUUGGAUCCUCUAUCGGCUGUAGGUGGAGCUGGACGGCGUCAUACGGUCGCUGGACUUGAGACACCGGACAGUGCGCUGAAACCGGCGCCGACAAAACGCAAAGCUUCGGAGGCACCCAGCGCCGGUGUAGCUACGAAGAAGGGAAAAGCGAUGGCGGCUUCUGUUGAUGAAAUCCAAGUGAAAGAAGAAGAAGAAGAUCAGAAGGAAGAAACGGUGGGAUCCGUGGAGCGUCAGGAGCCGCCAAAGAAGCCAGUUGCCGAUGAUCACAAGUCGGCGAUAGCUCCACUUCCGCCAGCAAAUACGAUCAUGCCACCACCACCGCCGUACAAUCAAGCGUCCGCGGUGCCGCUGAAUCCGCCUAGAACAGCUCUUCCGCCUCUUCAACUCCCACCACUGCAGCCACUUCAGUCAGAGUCGCCAUCCUGGGCGUCGAUGUCGGCCCCGCCGACUGCUCUGAUCCCAAGAACACCAAGAAGCAGCGAGUUUGCCGACGAGGAAGACACUCGAGCAAUGGCGAAAAUCGCCGCUGAGCUGAAGCGAUCCGCCGAGGAUUGGCCGGUACUUGCAGUCAUUGAAGGAGUCGCCGCUGAGCCGACGAACGGGGAAGACAUCGAUGAAGAUGAGAUUCUGAUCAAGAGGCUGAGACAAGGAGGCGUACUCGAGGACGUCGGGGAUGUUUCGGAUUUGUUGAGGGAUGUUCAAGGAGGUGUCGAUGGAGAACCAUUCUCGGAGGACAUGCUUCUUGAGAAGAACCUUUCCACGGCUUCCAGUGUUGGGCUUCCAUCGCUAGCAUCGCCGGGGGAGCAGUUUGGGUAUCAGCAGUAUUCACAGCAUCCUCAGCAACAUCCUCAGCAACAUCCUCAGCAGCAUCCUCAGCAGCAGCAACAAGUCUGGAAUCCGAAUUAUGAAUUCCAAGGUUACAUGCAGCAGCAGCAUCCACCGAUGCCAGUUUCUCAGCAAUUCCAGCAGCCGUUGCUUCAACGCCCGGCUUCUCAGCCGCCACCAGCUCGACCCAUCGUGAAGAACUCCCGCCGCCCGUCGACAACUCCGAAGCCUCCACCGAAUCUCACUUGCUCUGGAUGCAAAAAGAUCCUGGGAUCCGACUACUCGCUUCGUCGUCAUCGUGCCGGAUGCGCCGACGUUCAGCAGGCUUUGAACCCGGAGUACCCAAGGCCGCCGAAGCGGAAAGCCGCUCGGGAAGCGCAGAAGAUCAACGAGGCGGAGAUUCUCGCGUCGAUGCCGGAUCCACAGAUGGUUGCUGAACGAAGUGCUGCUGUGGCAGAGGCCGCUGCGGCAGAGGCUGCUGUUGAAAGGAUCGGAGCACUGCCGCCACCGUCGGUUGUUCAUGAGAUUGUGCAUCAAGUGAAUGCGGAUCGGCAGUCGAUGAAAAAACACAACAAAACGACAUCUCCACCACCAGCUCAAGAAGCCCCUCCCACAUGUGCUCCAGACGAUCCGAUGUCGUCAUCAUCAUCAUCAUCCACGUCAUCUGCAUCUCCUCUACAAGGAGUUUCCGGAAUGCGGCAAGAACUUCUCCAGUGAAUGGAAUUUGGCUCGUCACACUCGUGAAUCGUGUAAAAUGACGACACGGGCGCAUUCUUAUGAGCCAACAUCAGCGGCUGACAAAAUCGACCUAAUAUUCAUGGAUAAGUCAAAACGACGCGUCUCUCGAACCUUCCUGUGCACCGUCUCAUCACUCAUCUCGUAUUGGCUCGGCGAGCAAGGCGAUCGGCUCGAGCUCGACACGAAAUGGGAGCAUUUUCAGCUGUUGCUGGAUGUGCAUACGCUCAAAGUUGCCAUCACAGCCGACAAUAUAAAUCUGAUUGCUGAGCAAUCGAAAAAAUAUCAACUGGAACAUGUGAUUCGGAUGGCCGACCAGUUUAUGAUGAAUACGAACUACACCACACCACCGACACAUGUUCAACUCUAGAUUAUCCCCAAUUUUUUUUACCUAAUUUAUCAUUUCUUUUAUCACAUUUUCCCAAUUUGUACCCCAUUGCAAACAAGCCCCUAUCAAAUCAAAUCACACUGACCCCCGAAUUGCCUUUCUACUGAAUUCGUUUAUUUUUGCGUGUUUUUUCUCCCGAAAAAUAAUUUAAUGUAUUUUCUCAUUGUUUUAUAUACCCCAGUUCACGUGAAUGUAUGUCAUUUAAUUUUUGAAUGUUUUUCAAAUCCCCGCCCGCCCGUCGAAAAUCUAAAAAGGAUACUCUAAUACACAUUUUUUGUGCAGCGAUUUACAAAACAAAUGGGUCGAUUUUUCUCGAAUUUUUUCCCCCAAUUCUCUGAUAUUGUGAUUGAUCUCUUUCUUCCCCCCCUUUUCAUACCCCCCACUCGCUAGUUUCAGAUGCGUUAUUAUAGGUACGAAGCCUCUCUCAUCCCGGACGCCCACCUCUCCUUACCUUUAGAAUCCAAUAUGUGUCGAUGACUUUGAUCUCUUUUCUCUCUUUCUCUCUCUGUUUUAUAACGUGAUUUUCUUCUUUUUUAUUAAUGCUUUCUUCCAUUUUUCUAUAAAUUUAUUAAUGU